UUGAAGUUUUCGUUUUUCUCCUUCGCCUUGUUAUUCAAGAACCAUAAGAUAUUUUAUGCGGUUUUCACGGUCCAAAACGAAAGUUGGAUUUAAAAAAACAUUUAAGAAUUCUUGCUUUUCUUCUCACUUUAUGACGAGGUUAAUUCCAUAAUUUCACUGCAACACAAAGUCUUCCUUUCUCUCUUUCCCCUCCCUUUAGCUAACUCUUCUUAUCCUUAUUGUGACUGGAAAAUUGGUGUUUGAAAAUGGGUGAAGCUACGAUGGAAGUAGACGUGGAGGUCGGAGCAGCGGAGGCGAGGAAUAACGACGAUAAUAAGAAGAAGAACGAGGAAAAUGAUGGAUCCUCAGAGGUUGUUCGGUGGGAAAAGUUCUUACCUCGUACGGUUCUCAGAGUUCUUUUAGUUGAAGCUGAUGAUUCCACUCGUCAGAUCAUCGCCGCUCUUCUUCGGAAAUGCAGUUACAGAGUAGUUGCGGCUGUUCCUGAUGGUUUAAUGGCAUGGGAGAUUUUAAAGGAUCGACCGCAUAACAUUGAUCUUAUAUUGACUGAAGUAGAGUUGCCCUCAAUUUCCGGAUUCGCGCUUCUUACAUUGAUCAUGGAACAUGAUAUCUGCAAAAAUAUUCCUGUUAUAAUGAUGUCAUCGCAAGAUUCAAUUACCACGGUUUUGAAGUGCAUGUUAAAAGGUGCAGCUGACUUUCUUAUCAAACCUGUUCGGAGGAAUGAAUUGAGAAACCUCUGGCAGCAUGUUUGGAGAAGGCACAUGCUAGCUAACGGCGGUGUUCCUCUUAAGCUAACUGCUAUGGAAAAUGAAGUCGAAACCAAUGCAGAGAGUGAGAGCAGCCAAUUCAGUGAUUAUGGAUCGUCUACACAGAAAAAUAAAGAAGAAAGUGAUAGCAAAGGUUUCUCAGAGGGGAAGUGUACCAGUGCCAAUCUUAGCGAUAUGGGCAGAGACCAGCAUGGAAAUGUUGUUAAAAUGGGUCAAGAGUCGAUUCGAAAUGGGGGUCAAAUUGAAGGGAUAUCUGACAAAACAUUUAUUUUAGAAAAUUCAAAUAGAUUGGUGAAGGUGAAGGAGGUUGCUCAUUGCAGUGAAGCUUGUGAACCAGAUGCAUCAAAAUUAGAACAGAACUUUGCUUUAAUGAAAGGGACGACUCAUGGUGGUCGUGUUGGACAACAAAGUAAUCAAGGAAAUGCAAAUGCUUCGAGCAGGGUUGGCUGCAAUGAUGAGCUGUUUAAACCUCCGACUGGGGCAAUUGAUUUAAUUGGUUCGUUUGAUAAUCGACCAAAGGGCACCUGUGCACUUUCUAGUACAAGUGACGGUACUGACAAGUUUGAACUUUCUCAUGAGUUGGAGCUUUCUUUGAGAAGGUCUUGUUCAAAUAGCUCUAAGAACCAAGGUACCAGCGAAAGGCCCAUGCUAAACCACUCUAAUGCAUCAGCAUUUUCAUGGUAUAACAAUAGCAAUUCUUCACAGGCGGUUUUCUCUACACCAGUUGGCAAUCAAGAUGCAUUGAAAGAGAAUGACAGUAAAUCCAAACUAGACCUGGAAAGUAACAAUGAUACUUGUAAACCUCAUGUUGUUCCAUUGAGUGAUAGUAUGGAGAAUCUAACUAAUCCAGUCGCUUGUCAGUCAGAGCCAAUAGUUCCGAGCACCCAACUUGGGCUUAUUCAUGUUCCAGGAGUGAGGAUGGAUGACAUGCAUCCUGGAUGUAAUAAUGUUUUUCCUCACGUUUAUCAUGCACAAUCAAAUCCUCCCCUUGAUUCUAGUUCAGAGCCCGCUGGACGGCAAGAACAAUCUCCCAUUCAUGUGAGCACAUCAGCUCACACAAAUCCUGAUGUUCAUGACCCAGAACAAGGUUACAACCUGUCUGAUGAAGGGACUAACUGCUCUAUUGACCAGACUGUCAAAGAGGAAACCAAGCAGGAGCUUGCUGGGCUACUAAGGUGCAUUUCUCCUAUUGCUAAUCAGAGUGCUUGCAGCAGUUUAUGUGAUGGUCUUGAUAAUCACGAAAAAGGCAGCGCGCAUGGAGAUAUUUCAAGCAGGAGUAGUGCUAGCACUACAGGUGCUGCAGCAAUUGAUAGGGGCACAACUAUUAGGAGUUUCAAUGACAGCAAUUCCUUCAUUCAAGAGGGACUGAAAGGGAUGGAUUCUCAUCGCUCCAGCCAAAGAGAAGCUGCUUUGACAAAGUUCAGACUUAAGCGGAAAGAUCGAUGCUUUGAGAAAAAGGUUCGGUAUCAAAGCCGAAAGAGACUGGCAGAGCAGCGUCCCCGAGUGAGAGGACAGUUUGUCCGUCAAGUGCAAAAUGACACCCCCGUACAUGAUGUUGAUGCGCCUAAUUUAUGACGAUCAAACCCGUCUUCCCAUCGACAUGAAAAUAAAUUCACGCUGAAAACAUGAAAUCAUUUAAUAUUUUGUUUGCAAGCAUGGGGGCAGAAAAGUAGAACAUGUGUUGGGCGAAGAUAUUUUGCAAGCUCCAUUAGUAUUUGCUAAUGGGUGACGACAGUAGUUUUCUGCAUCCAACUCAUAGAGGUAGUAUUGUACUUAUUUCGUGAGGCAGUCUUGGUUUUUUUUCCCUGUGUGUGGUGGUUAAUCCGCAUUUGACAACUUACUACUCGUAGUUAGGCAGGUUAGUUGUAUAAUAUAAUUCGCUUCAAUAGGAUAAAAGAAAGAGUCUUGGAUUCUGUGUUGGUUA